CGACAACACUAAAAGCAAGAGGUACUAAGUUCCCACACAAAACGCACCAUGAUUCUAACGAGACAAAGCUUGCAACAACUUGCCAGGGGCAUGAGCAAACAAUUGAAUACCAGCAAAGGAUUUGUCAGACCUUUAAGUGCUAGUGUUAAAGAAGGUGAUCAGUUGGUUUUGAUUAAAGAUUCCAAGGAUUCAGUGGAAUCCACAUUACAUUUUCCCGGUGUUUGGUUGCGUGACAAUUGUUUGUGUGAUAAGUGUUUCCAUAAGGACUCUUUGAGUCGUAAACCUUUGCGUUGGAAUAAUUUCGAUUGUGAUGUUAAAGUGGAGAAAAUUAAUGUGGAUGAAAAUAACAAGGAGGUGCAUAUUGAUUGGUCAGAUAAACAUCAAUCUACUUUUAGCCUGGAUUGGCUAAAAGAGCGUAGUUUCAAUAAAGAACGUCAAGAUAAGUAUAUCGACAGCUGGUAUCGCCCUAAACCGGAACCCUGGAGUAAAGAGGAAUUCCCAAAAAUUUUGAAAAAAUUCCAAUACAAAGAUAUUAUGGAAAAUGAUGAAGCUCUUAAGGAAUGGUUGGAAACUUUAGCUGUUCAGGGUGUUAGCAUGAUUAAAAAGGCCCCUUUGGAUAUUGGUGUCGUCAAGACUAUUUGUAAUCGCGUCGGCUUCAUUAGAAAGACUACUUAUGGUGAAGAGUUUAGUGUUAUAUCACGUCCAGGAGCUAAAAACUACUCUUAUCUUUCGGAGCCUUUGCCCCUACACACCGACUUGCCUUAUUAUGAAUACAAGCCCAGUGUAACCAUAUUACACACAUUGGAACAAUCCCAGUCAAAAGGAGGUUGGAAUGCUUUAGUCGAUGGUUUUCAUAUUGCCAAUCAAUUGAAGGAAACACAUCCUGAAUAUUUCAAGAUACUAACAGAAACUUUGGUGGAUUGGUGUGACAUAGGACAAGAUGGAGGUAUACAAUUCCAUAACAUAUUAAGAGCUCCCGUCAUAAACAUUGACAAGGAUGGUCGUUAUACACGCAUCAAUCACAGUGUUCCACAACGUGACAGUCACUUUACCAUUGAUAUUGACAAGGUGGUGCCCUGGUAUCGUGCCAAUGCUUUAUUCGUGCGUAUGGCUAAUGAACAAACAGUGAAUUUCAAAACUGAGCCAGGAGAUGUUAUAACUUUCAACAAUUUACGCAUGUUGCAUGGACGUACCGGUUAUGAUGAUACCGAAAAUAAUGUACGACAUAUUGUCGGAGGUUUUGUCGAUUGGGAUAUUGUCUAUUCGAAAUUGAGAGUACUCAAGACAGCCUUGAAAAAUAAGGUUUAAAGUAACAAAUUAUUUCGCAAUACGCCUAAAGAUAUUAUUAGCGUUUUUGUUUCUUUUUUACUGUUUAUAAAAAGUAUUACACUUAAAGUAUAAAAACUACUAACUCGUACUUGAUUAAGUUUAACACACUAAUACUUUUCAUUAUAAACAAAAUAUGUUUAGUUUAUAAUCGUAUGAUUUGACAAAUUAAUAUUUUCUCAACAAUAUUUGCUUUGUCAUUUAAGAACUUUAAUUUUUUUGCUAUUUUGUUUAGAACAAUCAGUUCAAUAGGUUAAUUUGUAUUAUG